AUGACAGAGCAGGUAACCGCCAGCAGAAGGUACACCUGUGAUGCAAAGACGGGACCGUCAGUGUGUCGAAGACUGCUGUGGAGGAAAGAGUGUGGCUCCUCAUCUCAACGCUGGACUGACUCGACUACACUUGACUUGCUUUUUCAAGAGUGUGUGCUACUUAUGCUCAAGUAUUUUAAGGGCAUGUCGCGCCAGGCGGUGGUCCUGGCCGCGGCGGCGCUGCUGCUCGCCGCGCCGCCCGCCGCUGCCUCGUGGCGCUGGGAAGACCAGGCGACGCAGCCCCCCGCGUCGGCCUCCUCCGUCGUCACGUCCAGCUCAACCAUCACUACCUCUUCCUCAACUUCGACUUCUGUUUCCACGCCUGAUGAAGUCCAGACGGCAGCCGAGGCGAAGUCCAUCCCGCAGCUCGCCGUGAACGAAACUGAACCGCGAUUCAUUGGAAGUCUCAAGAAGAAACUGUGCAGUGUCGGCCUCGGGUUGAACUGUGAUAAGGAUUACAAACCAGCCUCGCAUCACUACGGGAAACCAGCUGAUAUCCACGAAGUACAGUACGUCCAACCUGUGGAAAUCCGCCCCGUUGGGAAGCCCAUCCCUGCUCUGCCUGCUUAUCACGGAGGCGGUGGAGGAGGAGGCCAUGGCGGGGGAGGUGGCGGCUACGGUGGAGGCCACGGAGGAGGAGGCCAUGGUGGCGGUCAUGGAGGAGGCCAUGGUGGCGGUCAUGGAGGAGGCCAUGGUGGCGGUCAUGGAGGAGGCCAUGGUGGCGGUCAUGGAGGAGGCCAUGCUUCUACUUCACACUAUGGCAGUUCCUCCGGGUAUCCAGCGGCAAAAGCUCCUUCCCACUAUGGUGCUCCUAAGCCCCCCUCGACUUCAUAUGGUGCCCCUCCCGCACCAUCGACUUCAUAUGGAGCACCUAAAGCUCCGUCAAUCUCAUACGGAGCACCUAAGGCCCCUUCAACGUCCUAUGGUGCCCCCCAGGCUCCUGUUGCAUCAUAUGGUGCUCCUCCGGCCCCUUCGACAUCGUACGGCGCUCCCCCAGCCCCUUCGACGUCCUACGGAGCCCCUCCAGCCCCAGCGACAUCCUAUGUAGCUCCCAAGGCCCCCUCUCCAUCAUACAGCGCCCCCCCUGCUCCAUCGUACUCAGCUCCGUCGGCCGUCGGUGGAAGUCUGGAUUCAGGAAAUGCCGGGCAGACCAUCAAACACGUCCACAUCCAUCAACAUGUAUACAAGCUAGAUGGAGGUAAUGGAGGCGGUUUGGGUGGCUUUGUAGGAGCUAGUGGAGGGGGAGGAGGAGGAGGAGGAUAUGGAAACAACCUCAUACCUGGAUCAGGCGCCGGGGGAGGAAUAGGAGGAGGAUAUGGAAACAAUCCCAUACCUGGAUCAGGUGUCGGCGGAGGAAUAGGAGGAGGAUAUGGCAACAACCCUGUAUUUGGAUCAGGCGCCGGGGGAGGAAUAGGAGGAGAAUAUGAUAGCAAUGUCCUGUCUGGAUCAGAUAACUCCUUCUCGUCUACGCCUUUUAGAAGAGACACUGUAAAUAACAUCCUUGUUGAUCAAAAGGAAAUUAAUAAGAACGGCGGGUUUACACCUAGCUCACUUCCUACGGCACUAGGCAGUGUAGCUGGAGCUCCAGCCGUGGAAUACAACGUCGGAGCGGACGGCGUUGUCGAGCAGUUUAGCCUGGCUGAGUCUGUCCGGGAUGUGAGGCCGCGGGAUCUCGGCUGCACCUGCGUUCCCAGAGAGCAGUGUCCUGUGGAUCAGGUAAUUUCUUCGCCUUUUGCCCGGGAGGAUCUCACUAACAUUCAGGAUCCCAGGAACUCCCCAUCCGCAGGCAGGGUUUACUCCAAUGCGUCUAAUGUCGCUCGACACAAGAGAGACGUCCCGAAUAUUGAAGAUCAGCUUGCCGUGGCAACGCAGGAACAGGCGACACAAGAGACUAGAGAAUUAUUCCCAGACGAGAUCAUCGCCCUUCCUGACAACUCCCAACUCAACCCUCUCAACAUCGACCUCUCCCAACUCCGUCUCCCUCCCAACUCUGCCUUCGAAACCCUGGCCGCCGAUUUGGCCGUCCAGCAGCAAGGUGCUGCCCCCUUCAUCUCAUUUACGUCUGCUUCGGCUGUGCGUGCCCCCACGCCCGUCCCGAUCGACGUCUCUCCCGAUCGGGCGAGUAGCACCUUCGUCGGCAGCCAGAGUGCAGGGGUCAUACAGGACGUCACCAGUCAGUACCGCCAGGAGUUAAUCUCAAACAAAGAGCUUGUUUUUAAGGGUUGCAAAGACACGGGUGUCGCCAAGAUAAGAGUCACUCGAGAAACCACGGAGAAUUCAAAUGAUCCUGCGACACGGUUAAUUGGACUGUUAGGUGGUCUAGGUAGUGGGAGUGGUUUAGAUGGUCUCAGAGGCCCAGCUUUUGUGCCAUCUUUUGGGGUUAAUUUUGGGAGUUUGCCGACAGGUGGUGGUUAUGGUCCUUAUGGUAGCCCUCAUGGUGGCAAUCCCUUGGGACUCGAUCUCGGGCCCGUGUCCGUAAACCCGUUCGUCGGAUUCAAAGUGGCAAAGCUUGAUGGGAGGCCGAUCCUCAACCCAACGUUUGACCUCCUUGUGACUCCCAAUGCCAAGGGUGUUCAUGCACUGAAUGGUCUGAAAGAAGGGAUAAAACAUCAGUUUGGAGGUGGAUAUCCUGGUCCCUAUCCAGGCCCUAUCCCUGGACCCUAUCCAGGCCCUGUUCCUGGCCCCUAUCCAGCUCCCAUCCCAGGACCCCUCCCAGGUCCCUAUCCAGCUCCUGCACCCUAUCCAGCCCCUGUACCCUAUCCAAGUCCUUCAUAUAAUCCCUACCCACAUCAACCCAUUCCUCCAAAGGUUCCCUACGUCCCUCCAACGAACACAUACACUCCUCCUGUAUAUACACCCCCCAAGCCUGUGUAUACACCCCCUAAACCCGUGUACACCCCUCCCGAGCCAAUAUACACCCCGCCCAUUAAGCCCAUCGCUGACUAUAGUAACCAACACUACAAGCCUCCGGGUUUCGUCGCCCCUGUGCCUGUCCACUCGCCCUCGCACCUUCCGCCCAUCUCGGGAUUCCACGACGAGAAGCCGGUCCAGGUCCACCACCACGAGCACACCCACUACCACGACCAUGACCACGACUACGACUCCUCUCGCCCAUUCACCUCCGGGGGCUUUGUUCCUAGUUUAUCUGGCUUCGGUCGUUCCGAUCUCCCUCUGAGUGACGACGAGCCACUUCCUCUCGCUUCCUCGUCCUCGUCCUCGUCACCGAGCUCCUCUUUCCUUCCCUCGUCGUCGAGUAAGUUUGUCCGUUCGGACUCCUCCAAGGUGACUUUCUCGACGCGCGCGUCCGAUUCGCCCAAGUCGUCGUCGGGUUCAUCAUCAUUUAAGUUCCCGGAUUCAGCUGCAUUGUUCCCCAAGGUGCCAGGGGACCCAGACAGCAACCCACCCUCGCCGCGUCUCAUGGCCGAGGUGGGCGACUUCCUGAGUAGCCUCCCCAUCGAUGUAACCCUGAGACUCUCUAACCAUCCUCAUCCUCACCUCAUCCCUCAUCCUCCGCCCUCACCCCACACCACCACCGUGCCCCACCCACAUUCCGAACCGUCGCCCGCACGCCUAGGAUCCUUGCCGGAUUCUCCUCCUUCUUCCUCUCCUUCGAGCUUGCAAAGACUGAAUCCUCAACAGCCUUUCCCUCCUCCUUACUCACCUCUCGGCUUGGGGCGUCCUGUCUCUCCCCUGCGAUACCCUCUCUCCCCCUUGGGCGCUCCCCCUCCCUCCCUGCGACCCCCCCGACAUGGGACCUUACUGGACAGAAGGUUAGGCGUGCCCGUGCUGCAUGACCCCCUGCGGUUGAGGCCUCCGUUCGUGCAUGGACUUCCUCCUCCUCCUCCUCCUCACCCUCCUCACGGCAUGCAUCGGCCGCUCCGACCCCUCGGGCCCUUCGGCGAGGACAGGCUCUGCCGCCACGCCAACUGCAGGGGCCUCGCCUACUACUGCCAGCGGGAUUUCGCCUCACCCGAGUGCGGUCUGUUCGAGGUGUGCUGCAACCCCGAGGUAUUCCAGGGGGCCUUCUCCUCCACCUUCAACUCCUUCGCCAACCCGGGGACCUGCGGCUUCAGGCUCACGGAUGGCAUCAACGGCCGGAUUCGGCAGCCGCUGCAGAAGGAGGGAGACGCCGAGUUCGGCGAGUACCCCUGGCAAGCCGCAAUUCUGAAGAAGGAAGGGAUUGACAACGUGUAUGUGUGUGGAGGGACUCUUAUAGACGACCGACACGUGCUAACAGCUGCUCACUGUGUUAAAGGAUACGAUGCCAUUGAACUCAGGGUGAGAGUCGGCGAGUGGGACGUGAACAGCGACACCGAAUUCUACACCCACGUCGAGAGUGACGUCAACGGUGUGUUUGUCAAUCCUGACUUCUAUUCGGGGAACCUCAUCAAUGACAUCGCCGUCGUCAGGAUGACCGUCCCUGUUGACUUCGUUAAGAACCCCCACGUCUCGCCGGUGUGCCUCCCCGCCCGGAGCCAAGACUUCACAGGGCGCCGUUGCUGGAUCACAGGCUGGGGCAAGGACGGCUUCGGCGAGGAGGGGCAGUAUCAGAGUAUCCUCAAGGAAACGGACCUGCUGGUGAUACCGCCUGGAGAGUGCCAAGCGAGGCUGCGUCAGACGAGGCUCGGGCCGUCGUACAGACUCCACCCCGGCAUGCUGUGCGCUGGAGGCGAGCUGGGCAAAGACGCGUGCAAGGGUGACGGCGGAGGCCCCCUGGCGUGCGAAGACGCGUCAGGCAGGUUCCAGUUAGCCGGCAUCGUCUCCUGGGGAAUCGGGUGCGGCCAAGCGGGGAUCCCUGGCGUCUACGUCAACGUGGCUUACUACAUAGACUGGAUAGCACAGAUUACGCGGUUCUAAGUGGAAAUCGGCUGUUGGUUUCCUUCGUGGGGCGUCGAAGGGGAGACGAAAGAAGAUGGGAGAGAAAGGGGUGAAGAACAAGGAGGAGAAGGAUGCGAGAGAGAAAUGCAAAAUGUAUUGUUUUGUGGAGUUUCCUGUAGAAUGUGGAAGACGAAGGUGAUUUGGCAAGUGGAAGAAGAAGGGAGAAGAUAAAAAAAAAACUAGACAAAGAAGAAGAGAUGGAGAGAUAGAGAGAGAAUAGAAAUAAAGAACUAUAUGUUGGUAGUUGCGUCGUGGAGAAUUGCGGUUCGUCUGCGCUGGAAGGGAAUUGCACUGACAUUUAUUUAACGACAUAAGUAGGUUGUCUUAAUUAGAUUUCAUUUCAGGUUGUCAUUUUCACUCUUUUUCUACACGUUACUGCAUUCGUUUUGUUGUUAAUAAAAGUAAUGUUAUUAUUACAUAAUGAUUAAAAAUUAGUUUACGUGAUUGUCAUUCAGUAUUAAAAAGGAAUUUAUUCAUUAUGAGAAACGAUUGUUGCAAUUAUUUUCUUGAUUAAUUAUUAUUAUUAUUAUUAUUAUUAUUAUUAUUAUUAUUGUAGUUAUUG